AGUCUUAUGUCGAACGGUGUCGAGUGCAGGUGAUCGCGACCAGAAGGAAACAGGGUCGACUGCAGAGAGCCGGGGAAAGGUCGAUCAUCGGAAAAUUAUCAUGUUAGCCGCAGUUGAAGUCAGUUAUGAGACAGACCAUUAUGAAGAGACGCAGAGUUUGGGCUGUGGUACUCCUCUUUCUUUGUGUUGUUAAAGUUGUCGACAGCAGAAGCCUCGGGGCGAUCCAGGGCGUCCAAAUUGCAUUCAGGUCUUCCAACUGGCCCAGAAAACUAUGGCACAGACAGAGCAAAUACGAGGUCGUCGAGGUCAUAUCUUCCAGGGACAAGGCCUGCAGAGAGAUCGUCGACAUUUACCUACUUGGUCUGGAAAUACGAUUGGCGCUGGAAGAGAAGGCAGCCAUCAGUACUCUGACGUCAUUAUCAGCUCAGUACUUGCAUAGGAUGACGUCACUGCACACCUACCUGGAAUUCUUCACCGAGGCGUGUGACGUUUUUCAAGAGCCCUGCCCACUACCAGAUAAUGGCAACCUGACGAGAACUGGAAACUGCACAGAUUCAACGCUAGUACCAGGUUGCCUCCAGUGCGCCACGUACGGGGUACACCUUCUUCUCCUUCCUGUUUCUAACUUGGAUUCCAGGUGCUCGUGGCUUUUGAGAGAUUUCCAGGAUACCCAAAUAUAUCUAAAGUCCCUGAACACCUCACUCAUAAACCGAGGAUCUACCACUGCUGCCACCUCUGAAUCAGCAAAAAAGUUGCAGUCAACCAAUCAUGAACUGCCGGAAGGAAAAGUUACGUCUGCAGUCGACGGCGCCUCUGCAACCUUGACUUCCCUUGGAUCAACAGAACUGCAAUCGUCCGUGAGUGGUACAGAAAUGAAAGAACCGGUUUCACCAACCACUCCCCUUGAGUCAACAAGUUUGUUGACAAACCCAACGGACAGACCAACAUAUGUAAUCAGCGAACAUUCAGCCAGCAUACAAGCAGUUCAAACAGUUUCAUCACCCACCUCCUUUCCCCCUUUGGAUCAACAGUCAGAGUCGGAGACUGGAAGCUCCGUACCAACAGUCACACCCACUUUGAUAACAGAAGAUACACAGUCUUUUAAUGAGUCUACAGCUACGACUACUUCAAACCUAUCCAGUAACCAGUCAUCGACCGCUCCACAGUCACUGAGGUACAUCGCAGUUUUAAACUGUACUUCCCAAAGUAUAUUACCAGAACACGAAGCAAAAGCGCAACUUAGUCAGCUUUCAAAAGCAUAUGAACACGACCUGCUCGUCUUGAGGGAGGGAGAGGUGUUCUUACCAGAUAUGAGGCAGAUGCUGCGAUUCCUGCAAACGAUGUGGGCGCCCCUUUCGAGGAAGCGAAGGGAGAGCAGAGCAGUGAAAAGGUUUGACCUGAACUUCCAAUCUGACCAGCUGCAACUUAGCGAAGACGCUAAAUGCAGCUUGAACAAAUACGACGAUCCGAAGUACCUAACGAACCUGCUGGACGAGUCGACUAGGCUAUGGGGCGAGACGCUGGCGGAUGUGAAUCGACUCUUCUACGUUGCUUGUUACCUGGCAAAAGUAACCAGCGCAACAAACGACGAGACGAUAGAAAAGGGCUAUUUGAAAAGGUCUAGAGAUGCUAGCACAGCGCAACAAUUGCAAGACAUACUGAAUAGCACUUCUACGUACGACGGAAAGAUUGGUUCGUUGCAAGUACGUACGGAGGAAGCUAGGUUAAACGUGACGGAGGGGCUUGAAGAUAGAUCGUCAGUUGUUCAUGCGUGCGUUUAGGUAGCUUACUUCAAACCUUUUUUGAGAGUAGUGGAUGAUUUUGGUAAUAAAAGUUGAUUGUAAACAUUUCUUGGCUUUCAUGGUGUAACUCUCUCAUUCCUAAAUCAAUUAAUAACAGAUUCAUUAGUAGGCUGAAGGUUUCGUACUAUACAUAUUCAGUAGUUUUAAAUGGUUAAAGAGUUUGUACUCAGGCAACAACUCUGAAAUUAAGUUUGAUACCUGGGACUAAGAAACGCUUGUCCCGAUCAGCUUUCUAAAUUAACUUGACUAAAAAGCAUGAUAUCAUUGGUUUUUCAAAAGCGAAGGGCCCCGUAGCGGGGUAAGCGCCGUGAGUGCACCUCGUGCGGUGCAAUGUAGGUAUUAUUCAAGGUUCUUUGCAGCGUCCUUUCGACCCCUAGCUGCGACUGCUUUCAUUCCUUUUAUUGU